AUGGAAGAUUUUGCAGCAGGGACUCACUUCCAGCGUGUCAUUUCUGAAACUGGAAGUGCUGCUCAGAAUCCAGCUAACGUCCAAAGAAUUGUCUUCUGCACAGGCAAAGUCUACUACGAUUUGGUUAAUGCUCGCAAACACAUUGGAAAAGAAAACAAUGUGGUCUUGAUUCGUGUCGAACAAAUCGCUCCUUUCCCAUAUGAUUUGAUUCAAGCUGAGUGCCGCAAAUACCCACAAGCCGAACUAUACUGGGCCCAGGAAGAACACAAAAAUAUGGGUGCUUGGGCGUUCAUUCAACCACGGUUCAACUCGCUUCUUGCUAGAGAAGGAAGGGGAAUUAAAUAUGCCGGACGACACCCAUCGGCUUCUCCAGCUACUGGCAACAAAUACACCCACUUGCAAGAGCAGAAAGAACUUUUCGCGCAAACUUUCAAUGCCACCAAGAAAGAUUUCGAAGGAUUCAAGCCU